AUGGCUGAAGCGGCUCCUCCUGGUUGCUGCGGAAUAUUUGGGAAAAAAGGACCCAAAACACUAGAAGGACUAGGUUAUGGGCCUGCGCUAGCACAGCCAGUACACGACGGACAUGAUCAUAAUUUGGAUACAACAACACGCUCCGCAUUCAGUGCGACAUCAAUACACACAGUAGGCCAUAAUGAGAUGUUGCCAUUUAACUCAGAUGGCCAUCCUGCUCAUCCGAAUUUACAGUCAGUUGGGGAUCAGCCAAAUCCCUCAUUACACUCGGGUAACCAUCCUCUAGAUUCGCCAGUACACUCAGAAGGCAGUUAUGCGGAUUCUCAAUUACAACAUAAUAAUGGUACUCCUCUACCACGAAACCCAGGUGGUGGUUAUGGGACUCAGCCAUUUCACAAUCAUAAUGGUGUUCCUCCGUCAGGAAACCUAGGAGGAGGUUAUGGAGCUUCGCCAUUUUUACAAGGAGGCGGCCAUAGGGCUCCACCAUUACACCCCGGAGGUGGUCAUGGGUCUCAGCCAUUACACUAUAAUAAUGGUGCUUCUCCACCAAGAAACCCAGGAAGCGAUUAUGGGGCUUUUCCAUUUCCCCAUGGAGGUGGUAAUGGGGCUUCGCCAUUUGCCUAUGGAGGCGGUAAUGGGGUUCCCCCAUUUGCUUCAGGAGGCGCUUAUGAGGGUCCGCUAUUUUCUCAUGGAGGCAGUAAUGGGGCGUUUGCAGGAAAUCUAGGGAACCAAGAACACCCUCCUGUGCCUCAAAGUGUACACCAAUCUGGAAUGUUUUUAAACAGCAGCCCACCACACGAAGAACAUGAAGAAACGUCUAUUAAAUUACCAGGACACAUAAAAUUUGGAGAUCGAUAUAUGUAA